AUGGACAGCCCGAGUCGAGUGUUUGCUGCAGUACUACCGGUUUCGGGUCGUGAGUUCAACGGUAAUGAAAGGGAGCAGGGGCUGGAAGUACGAACAGUUAACCGACAGGGUCCCGGCAACCGUGUAAGGGAGGUCCAGGUCACGGGAACGGCGGAGGUUUGUUGCCCGGCGGACCAAGUGUCUGUUCGGGUCACUGUGGGUAACAGCAAGGAGUCAGUCGACGAGGUGACCAACAGCGUUUCACGGCGACUCGAGUACAUUAUACAGUCUGUCAGACAGCAUGGUAUCAGUGACAAGGACACCUCAGUGAGGAGGCUUCUCCACCGAGAGGCAGACCUAUAUCACAUGGAUGCAGAGGUCGUGGUCACUUUUUCAGAUUUUGAGAAGAUGGAGCGAGUAUGUGGUGUCUUACUGGAAAAGCUGGACAAAAGUGUCUGUGUGGGGACACCACAGUUUUACCACAGUGCAGAAUGUCUGAGUCAGCUGAGGAGGCGAGUGUGUGUGUCAGCAGUUGAAAAUGCUCAACAGAAGGCCUGCGAAGUCAGUCAGCUCCUUGGACAAAGUCUGGGACCCCCCCUACUGGUCAGAGAGGAGGAGACAAAGGAGUGGAGGAAUGAAGAUGAGGAGUAUGGAAGCACAGGGCAGGGCGCAGCAUCCCUGUCUCACCUCCCCUUUAUACCCAAAAUCACUGCCUCCUCACGGGUGUCUGUCUCCUUCAGUCUCAGAGACAGAAGCAGGAAAAAACUCUAAAGACAUUUGUCAUUGGCACAUGA